UGAAUGUCUCCUCUUUUUUCACCCUUUUAGGUGUAUCCUGGUAGUUGGGAUUGCGCUUUGCUUUAUUUACAUGAUCAAGACAAGGUACGAUGUCAAGACAUGUGACACAGGAAGAAUUGACAAGGUCAACCCAGAACAUGCCAAGAGAGCUCAGAAAUACUCAGAGGGAAUUUUGCAAGCCGAGUGCCGACCGUCUUUUGCGAAGACCAAGUGGAGCGAGCUGUUUCCGAACAGAUACAAUGCGGAUCUCCUUCCCUUCAUAACAAAGGACGUCGAUGCUCACUCCAAUCUCUUUCAAUACCCGCCCCCUUUCGGGUUUCGGGAUUUUUUUGACACGCUUCAAGGCCUGGUCCAGCUUCUGCCUGAAUUCGAUCUCCCAGCAGAGCUGCAGUCGAGACGGUGCAAACGCUGCGUGGUUGUGGGGAGCAGCAGUGUAUUACGGGGGUUGGAGCUGGGCUCCACCCUCAACCACUUCGACAUUGUCAUAAGGUUAAAUGAUGCACCUGUUCAGGGAUACACAAAUGAUGUCGGCAACAAAACAACAAUAAGAAUGACCUAUCCUGAAGGAGCCCCUUCAUCUCCAAAUGAAUAUUUUCAAAAUAGCUUGUUUGUGGCAGUAUUAUAUAAAACAGUUGAUUUUGCAUGGCUAAAAGCAAUGGUGAAAAAUGAAACAUUACCGUUCUGGAUGCACCUCUUCUUCUGGAAGAAUGUGGCUACAAAAAUUCCCAUUGCGCCGAGGAGAUUCCGGAUUUUGAACCCGGUUAUCGUUAAGAAGACAGCUCUGGAUAUUCUGCAAUACCAGGAACCUCAAAGCAUGUUCUUCUGGGGUCAGAACGUACCCACGAUCGGCAUGAUAGCCACGGUUCUAGCUACCCAUCUAUGUGAUGAAGUGAGCUUGGCCGGGUUUGGCUAUGACCUGCAUCAGCCCAAAGCACCACUGCAUUAUUACGAGAGCGUGUGCAUGGUGGCCAUGAAGAGGCAAAAUAUGCACAACGUGACAUGGGAGACGCAAAUUCUGCAACAGCUGGUCAGGGAAGGUGCCAUCAGCGAUCUCAGCGGGGGAAUCGACUGCCACUUCUGCGAGGAUCGGGGCUAGCGGUUGUCUCAGAGAUCGACUUCCGCGUGUCCCUGCAAGCUUCCCUUGGUUGAAAAA